AAUAUGAUCUUUGAGGGGAUAUCAUCUGUGCGUGGCGCGCUAUCUCUGGGAUACAUAGAAGACAAGAACUAGAUUAUUUUUGAAAAACUAUAUAAGCUUAAGGAAGAAGAAUCAUAAAUGAUCAAAUAAUGAGAGAUCUGUGGAUCAAAACGAAUCCACCAAAGCACGGAGCGGGCCAAUGGCUGGCUUCAAUCGUAGUAUCGUUCUGUUUUUGCUCGGCAGGAAUGGGUUUCGCUUGGACCUCUCCAGCUUUUUCCAAAAUCAAAGAAGGAGAAGUUGACUUUAAGUUGGACCAUUACGAGAUGUCGAUGAUAGCAGUCCUUGGAUGCGCAGGACGGAUACUAUCUCCCUUACCUAUAAGUUACGCCAUGGACAUCAUAGGUAGGAAGGGUUGUUUCAUAGCAGUAAGGGUUCUGCAGACCGCUCAUUGGUUGAUCAUCUAUUGCUUCCACAACUUCUGGGCCUUGUGCCUGGCAAGGCUCGCCACUGGGCUCUAUGCUGGUGCGACGAUCUUCGUCAUUCCGAUCUACAUCGGGGAGGCCACUCACAAGUCGAUCAGGGGUCAAGUUCAGAGCUUCCUCAGCGUCCAGUUCAUUUUGGGGGCAGUUAUUGAGAGCGCCAUCGGUGCUUUUCUGUCAUACGACAAUUUGGCCAUCGCUUCUGCAGGCUUUGAUUUUUUCUCAUUCUUGUUCAUGUUCAUGAUCCCGGAAUCUCCCUAUUUCCAAAUAAUGAAGGAAGAUAUGCAAGGAGCUAAGUUGAGCCUUCAAUGGCUAAGGGGUGAGCAGGAUAUUCAAGAAGAAUUGGGGUUGAUCGAGAAAAAUAUGAAGAUCCAGUUGGCACGGAGUAGUAAAUACGUCGAUUUGUUCAAGGUCAAAUCCAUUCGAAAAGCACUGACUUGCGUCUUGAUAUUGAUGCUGCUGCAACGCCUUUGCGGCGUUUCUUGCCUGAUCCCAUAUGGUAGCUUCGUCUUUCCGGAUACCUGGUAUUUGUCUAGCAACAAAGGCUCCAUUGUACUGAACUGCACCUAUCUCAUCAUGUGCGCCUCUUCCGGCUUCUUCAUCGAUUCUUUGGGAAGAAAGAUGCUCUUAUUCUUUUCCACGGCAGGGGCAUGUUUCUUUUUGACCUGUUGUGCAAUUUGGUUCUUCUUACGGGACAAAAUGUAUAUGGACGUCGAAGGGACAGAAUGGUUGGUCAUCAUAUUCCUCAUAGCUCAAGCAGCAUUCUACUCAACUGGCUAUUUUUACAUACCGCUAUUGAUAAUGGCUGAAAUGUUUCCUAUGAACAUGAAAGCUAAAGCUAACGCCCUCUGUUCGACAAUUGGGGUGACAGUUGGCUGCGUCGUAAUUGUUAUAUUCCUGCCUCUUACCAACAACUACGGAUUAUAUACGAAUUUUAUUAUUUACUCAUUGGCAGCGUUUUUUGGUGCGAUAUACAGCACUACAAUUGUUGAAACGAAAAGGAAAAGUCUGGAGCAAAUACAGGCCAUACUGGAAGGCCAACGAGAUUCUUCAAGCCUUGCUUCAAGCCAAGAUGAGUGACGUUUAAUUUACAGAUGUACAAGAACAGAAGUGGUUUAUCAUCCCGAGACCAGAUCUAGUAGAGGGUUGAUGAAACCAUUAAAUCCUGCAAAUGACCUAAGUGUUUAUGUUCCAAAAGGAAUUUUAAUCUUUUUGGAGUCUCAUUCAGUGAUUUGAGGCUGCUAAAAGCAGAUCAGAUAGUUCAUAUGCGUUUUUAUAAAUGAAAUAAAUAGUUUUUUACUUCAAUAUACCUGCCCUCAUUGGAAGAAUAAGAUUAGAGCAUAAAAAUAAAAAGGAGUUAAAGAUGUUCUAUAAAUGGAUCCCCAGGUUGGGAGUAUGGAUGGAUCUCUUUACAAAGUAAUCAUUAAGUUAUAAUAACGAUUACUACAACUAAACUAUAAUAUGAGACAAUGUGGACCAUUAUCAAAUCAGCUGAACACUUUCCAGAUUCCUUGGAAAUUAAAUUUGUAAAAAACAAAAUUUGAAAAAGAAAUGGAGAUUAUCCUCCAACUUCAAAGAAAAAUGGCCCUCAAUGUGAAGGAUUGAAACUUCAUGAAGGAUUGAUAAAACUUUGGAUAAAUAAAUAUAUUAUC